AUGUCCGCAUUUUCACCUCCCCCAGAGGUAGGUGGGUCGACGACGUUGGAUGAUGAGGGCCUGCCUCCCCUCAACGACGAGCCGAUCCGACCAUACUUCGUCAUCCGUCAAGACGUUUUUCUCGAGGUCAACUUUCGCGAGAAGUGCGUCCACGGCAAGAGCGAGAUCACCAUCGCAAACAUCAAAGAUGAAUCAUUAGCAGAGAUCGCUAUCGAUGCGCGACAAUCCCAGAUAGAUGUGGACAACGUCGAGAUCGAGGUCCUCCGAGAUACGAGGCCCGUCGCUCCUCCCAGGAAGAUUGCCGCUACCUACAACGACCCUUACCGUCUCUUGACCUACCCCGAACACUACAACUGGAAUGCCACCCACCACGACCUGCGUCGCAUCAGGAUGCGCCCCCUGGUUCACUCCCGACGAAACGAUGCAGCCGCUGAAGAUAGGGAAGCAGUCGGCUCUACCCCCGUCGAUGGAUCCAUACGCAUCUCGCUGAAGGACUUGGACGAACUGGUAUCCACCCACAAGCGUCCUAUCAAGAUCCGCGUUCCCUCCAGCAACCCCGUCUCCUUUGCCGCCGAGUCUUCGUCGCUCACCGACUCCGGGACCGGCAGCCUCGCUCGUCGAGAAUUCCGCAUCACCAUUCCUUUCACCACCAAGAAUAUCCGCGACGGCCUCCAGUUCGUAGGUGUCGAUCCCAGCGAGUUUAAGUGGCCGCACCUCUACACACGUCAUACCAUAGAUCCCGGCACCGCCUCCUGCAUCUUCCCCUGUAUCGACGAUCACGGCCAGAAUUGCGCCUGGUCCAUCUCCAUCAAGUUCCCGAGGACCUUGGGCGACGCCCUGGGACAACCCCUCGCCACCCAAAAGAACGGGGCGAAUGGGCCGCAGAAGGGGGCUGCUGCUGCCGCCGCCGCCGCCGCCGCCGCCCAUGACGCCGACCACCUCGACUUUGGGCUCUCCGAGGAGGACAAGCUCUUGGAGAUGACCGCCCUCUGUUCCGGCUAUGUGGCGGACGAAAUCAUCGACCCCACCGACGAACGCAAAAAGGUUGUGACGUUCGACCUCGACAAGAAAACCUCCGCCCAAAAGCUCGCCUUCGCCGUCGGCCCCUUUGAAGCCGUCGACGUAUCCGGCGCCUGGCGACCCGAGACCGACGACGAGAAGCUCGGCGCCAACGCCCUCAAGAUCCAGGCCUUCUGCCUACCCGGCCGCGCCGAGGAGACCCUCAACACGUGCCAGGCGCUCCCUUCGGCCGCCGAUUUCUUCACUCUCACCUUUGCGAGGUACCCCUUCGAGGAAUACCGUCUGUGCUUCGUCGACGACAUGGUGGAAGACACCGUCCCCGUGCACUCCCUCGCCUUCGCCAGCAACCGCCUCCUGUUUCCCGAGAACGUCGUGGAUCCAGACGUCGAGGUGGCAGUCACCCGGAAACUCGUCCACAGCCUGGCCACCCAGUGGAGCGGCAUCAACCUCCUGCCGAGUCGCCGCUGCGAUCUCUGGGUCGUCAUCGGCAUCGCCUACUACAUGGCCGACCUGUACCUGAAGAAGCUCUGCGGGAACAACGACUACAGGUUCCGCAUGAAGACCAUGUCGGACCGCCUGGUCGACCUCGACGUCGACCGCCCGUCGCUGUACGACCUCGGUCAGUAUCUCCACCUUGGCGAUUUUGAGACGGACUUUAUGCGUCUCAAAGCGCCCCUCGUCAUGUUCAUCUUGGACAAGAGGCUGGCCAAGGCACCGGCCCAGACCAAUCUCACCCGCAUAAUGUCUAGGAUACUUUACAAGGCGAACAUUGGAGAACGGCAGAGCGACUGGCUGAUCAACACCGAGUCUUUCCGGCGAGUCUGCGAGAAGAAUUCUAAGAGCCGGCUCGAGUCCUUCUGGAAACAAUGGGUGUACGGGUCGGGGUGCCCUCGCUUCGACGUGACGCAAAAGUUCAACAAGAAGAAGCUGUGUGUCGAGAUGCUGCUGCGUCAGACCCAGGCCCGGACGGCGAAGGACCCGCGCGAAUUGGACAAGAAGGACUUCUUCCGCGCCAUCAAGGAGCGCCAGCAUGGCGUUUCGGGCGGGGAGGUCCAGGUCUGGUUUACCGGACCCAUGACCAUCCGGAUCCACGAAGCCGACGGAACGCCCUACGAGCACAUUGUCGAGGUGAAGGAGGAUGCGGCCGGGGCGAGACAGUGCAAGUACGACAUCCCCUACAACACCAAGUACAAGCGCCUGAAGCGUAGCCGGCGGCAGCGCGACCGGGCGGCCGCCCAGAAUGCCGUCGACGGAGGAGGCGAAAAUGCCGAGGAAGCGCUCCUCUACUGCCUGGGGGACGUGCUCCAAGGCCAGGAGGACGUGCAGGAGUGGGACUUGCUGGAUUGGCCUCCCGAGAUGGAGAAGCGGAUGGAUCAGGAAUCCUACGAGUGGAUUCGCAUGGAUGCCGACUUUGAGUGGAUCUGCACCAUGAAGACCAACUCCGAGUCGUACAUGUACGUGUCGCAACUCCAGCAGGAUCGGGACGUGGUGGCACAGCAAGACACCAUGAUCUACCUGGCCAGGUCUCCGUCGCACCCCCUCGUCUCGUCCAUCUUGACGCGGACCCUCGUGGAUCGACGGUACUUCCACGGCAUCCGCACCAUGGCGUGCAGCCAGCUGCCCCGGCACGGCGUUGCGGGCCAGAAAGACCCCAUGAUCGGCCUGUACCACCUGCUCAAGACCUUCAGCGACCUGUGCUGCUUCCCGGGCGCGCACACGCCCCGGCCCAACGACUUCUCGGACAGGAAACAAUACAUGGUGCGGAGUGCGAUCCCCCUGGCCGUGGCACGGGUCCGAGACAGCCGCGGCAAGUGUCCCGAGCGCGCGCGCCGGUUCCUGCUGGAGCAGAUCCAGCUCAACAACAACGCCAACAACCCGUACUCCGACAACUUUUACAUCGCCAAGCUCCUGGAGGCUCUUGCGACGAGCCUCAUCCCGGAGAAGCGGCCCGAGUCGGAGGUCUCUCUCGAGGAGACGGCCAGGAGCGGGGAGGAGGAGGGGGAGGGGGAGGAGGAGCGCUUUCUCAGGGAAGCGCUCGAAGAGAUUGAACGGUACCGCAGGAUGGACGAGUGGGCCAACUCGUACCACAACAUCUGGACCAUCACGGCGCUGGACUGCCUGCAGCGUCUCAUGAAAGCAGGGGUGGUCCCGCCGGACCCCCUAGAUUUCGUCCAGUACCUGCAGGACGAGACGUACGAUCUCGUACGUAUCAAAGCCUUUGAGGCGCUGGUGGAUCUCGGCUUCAUGAUGGACGAGCUCCUCUUCCCACACCUUCUCCGGACCUUGAGCACCGACAAGUCGCCGUAUGUGCGACACCAGCUGCUCAAAAUCUUCAGCCAGGGCCUGGCCGGCCUCGCCUUUGGCGAAUUUUCCAGGCCUAGGGAACCGGAAACGCAACUGGAACCGGAACCCGCGGCGAACGCUGGGGUCUCCUUCAUGGACGUCGAUGACGAGGACGCUAAGGACGAUAUGCUCGUCAUUGAGGCGGGUGACAAGGAGACCAAGGAGCGGCGCGAGGGGUUUGAACGCAAGCGCAACCUGGACGCGGCGCUUGCGGCGCUCAAGACGGAGGUGAAGGAGCAGUUCUCUCAGCACCAGCACGCCAUCCAGAAAGCGGUCUGGGCUGCGAUGAACCAGGAUCUCCUGGGCAGGACCGAAGUGGUCACUCUUCUUGAGUUUUGUUCGCUCAUGUUCGAUGCGUCGGACGAGUGGAUCAUCACGCUGCCGCUGCCGCAGCGGUGGAAGGUCUCUCGUCCGCUUCAGCGAUCGCCGAACAGGCUCAUGGUUACCUUUACUCCAUUUUAUCGUGCAGAACCCGUUCGGGAAAUGGAACCGAAGGUGGUCCCCAAGGCGGUCCCCAAGGUGGUCCCCAAGGUGGUCCCGAAGGUGCUCGAAGGCACGCCUAAACCCGAGCUAAAGCGGGUGAUCGUGAACCCCAACAAAGCCAAACUCAUCAAGCCUCCUCCGGCGGCUCAGCCGAGACAACCUUCCGUAUCUUCCAGCACCGCAGCGGCAGCGGCAGCGGCAGCGUCUGUCGGGGCCGAAGGGGACUCUAUUACCGCGCAAGCUCUGUACCGGCCGGUGGUUCAGGCCCAGGCUGCCACACCGCUAGGGAAGACGGAGGCAACCAGCAAGUCGCAGAAACGGCCUCGGACAGACAAGAUAAACGGCGGAGACGACCCGUCGCCGGCAACCAAGCGGCCCAAGCUGAGCUCGAAGGGUUCUGCCGUCGGGGCCGAUGGGGCUCCCCCGGUUCGGAAGAUGGUGACGCUUAAGCAUCCUAAUCUGAAGCGGAUUCUGAAGGAUGCUAGACGGCGAUCUCAAUCUGGUGUCAGCAAGGACUCGGUCCACGUGGCUCCUCGCAAGUCCGGCUCGCCGCUCCAUGUACGUGCCUCGCCGGCGUCUUCAGCGUCGACAGGGCACACGGAGAGGCCCAACGCUGGUGCUGCCAGCGUCGUGGCUGGGUCUGGUUCCAAUGCCCUCCCCGGCAAGCCAGCACGGAAACCUCUUCCUACGGGUACUUCGGAGCGCAAACCGCUGCCCUCCGGCGCACCCGCUUCCCAGUCCACACCCAGGGCACCACCACCAGGUCCGCCGCCCCGGCCUUCGUCGACAGGGGGGCCGUCCAAGGCUAGUCCGACGCCGUCCCAGGUUGGUAGCGUUGGCGGCGGAGGACCGCCCGCUGCGCCGAAGCGCCUGAAGCUGGUCAUCAAGAAACCCGGAAAUCAGCCGCCGUCGCGACCGCCCUCGGCCUCCUAG